UUUUUUUCAGGACCAUGAUGUUUGCAUCUGAGGUCUAUUUAUGCUCCAGAGCAGCUAUGCAACUGCAUAUAGCGCAGGUGCAUGUUAUAGCCCAUUACAAGGGAGCAAUCAUCGCUCACCGACGUGUGUUAUGACCGUCGAUCUGAUUCGGAUCUGAAUUAAGGAGAAAAGAGAAGGAGAGAGAGAAAGCAACGCUGACGAUGAUGAGCAGAGACGUGCGCUGCAUGCAAAAGCACAACGCGGCCAUUGAUUAUCACUGAAAUGAGAGCGUAGCAUCAAUGGGUCUCUCCACGGAGGACGCACGACUAAAAACAUACCACAGCCUUGGGUAUGGCACUACAGAUAAAGAAGAUCCAUCUCUUCUUAUGAGGGUGACAAUGGCAAGGUAGAAAACUAAUAAUUCCACGGGGUUUUAAAAGAUUUGGAUUGCGACCGGAGCGACAGCUUCUUUGUGUCCAGACAAUCCGCGCUUGGCUUAACAAUGGGAUUUUGACAGCUGUGCUUUCCAGCUGUUUUAUCACCGCUGUGAAGGAAAAAAAAACGGCUCACAGAUUGACCAACGUGCCAUUAGGUCAGUAAGCUGUGUCGAAGAAAUAUUAAGGAGAAUAUGAAACAAGUAGCUGUCAUGUUGUGGCACUGAAUUCAUUGGUGAUUUAUGCUCUAACAGAUCUGAUCUAAGAAUGUGAAGACUGAUACAGCGGAAAGCCUUGUACAGCUUGUCAGAUGAUGUUGCUGGGGUGUUAAAGGCUGCCACAUGCAUCAUCACCCACUUAAUCAGCAUCACCAUGCCCACAAUGCAGGAUCCUAGCAUGAAUUAUAGCUUGAGUGCAGUGCCCUGGGACCCUGGUGCCUUCCAGCCACCAUCGUUGACAAACAGUGCUGUGAAGAUGGUGGCCAUAUCAGCUAUUGUGUGCAUGUCUCUCUUUGGCAAUGUGGUGGUACUGCUGGUGUUUCAAAGAAAGCCACAGCUUCUGCAUGUGGCCAAUCGCUUCGUGCUCAACCUGCUGCUAGCUGAUCUGCUACAAACUGUGCUUGUCAUGCCAUUUGUUAUUGCUGCCACUGUACCUGAGGUCUGGCCACUGGACAUCCAUCUGUGUCAAGCCCUUGUGGUGCUUAUGCACCUUUUUGCUUUUACUGGUGUAAACACUAUUAUUGUCGUGUCAGUGGAUCGCUACCUGGCCAUUAUCCACCCACUGUCAUAUCCAACACGCAUGACGCCUCACCUGGGCACUAACCUGAUUGCGCUUACCUGGCUGGUGAGCUUGCUGCAGAGCACCCCACCUCUCUAUGGCUGGGGAGCUAUCGAUUUUGACCGACACCACAAUGCCUGCACCAUGGUAUGGUCCUCCAGCCAUUCAUACUCAGCGCUGGUGGCUACUCUUUCCUUCUGGCUGCCUGUGGCCAUCAUGCUUGGCUGCUACUGGAUGGUGUUUAGAGCAGCCCGGCGGCAGAAUGCUUUGGUGCACCCUGUUCAGACAAAUCACCCUCCAGACUCAGGCUCCAGUCCCCACAGGCAGCAGCAACAGCAACAAGAAGGCUCCUUUUCAGCCACAAAUCCUGCCAGGAACAGACACAGACGCUUCCAUUAUCACUGCAAGGCAGCACGGGUGGUUUUUGUCAUCAUGGCCUCCUAUGUGUUCAGUAUGGGCCCAUACAGUGUUUUAAGCACCAUUUCCAUACGUUCCCGCACUGCUGUGCCACCAUGGCUGGCCUCAAUGGCACUGGUCCUCUUUUUCCUACAGUGCUGUCUGCACCCAUACAUUUAUGGCUAUAUGCACCGUAGUGUGCGCAAGGAGUUCUUGGCGCUGCUUUGCGGGCCACGAUGUGGACAGACCCGUCCAGGGCGAGCUUCGGCUGUGGACAGCUGCUUCACAGUGACAGAUGGGCGGUCAGCACAGAUGCAUAUCCCUAGCCACAUGAUCCGCAUAUGUUCCCUUCAGACUUGGGAGGAAGGGACAACAUCAUCUUCACCUAUAGCCCGGAGGUCUAAGGAGAGCCACAAAGAGACGACGUCUGUUAGCUUGAGCCCUGAGAGGGAUUUUACUCUUCAUAGCACCAAGUGAUGUGAAUGUUUUGUGUUUGUAAUCCUCUUGAGGAAAACGAAUACAUCAAUUUGCAUGAAAGAGUCAAAAGUAAUUAGUCCAGGUGACUAGCUUUGUCUUAAACAUGUCUGAUUGCUAAUCCAGUAGGUUUCAUCAGUCUAACCCUGAUAUACUGCUAGACUUUUAAAAUGGCUUAGGUGACUGAAAACCUUUAUAGACACUGACAGUGGUUAGUAGUUAUUAUUUGUCAGUUUCUUAAAAGAGAAAAAAAAAAAAACUAAAACAAAAACUGAAAUACACAAAAAAACUCAUUUAUCUCUAUUAGCUCCUACGUCGUUUCAACUGGUGGUUGCACAUUUAAAAAAUGCUUUUCUGAUGUUCUUGAUGCAGGAAAUAGUUAAUAUAGUAUUUGAUAUUGAAUGGCCUGUUAAUAGUGAACUAUAAUGAAGUUAAAGGUAUGUUAAAUGUAGUAUAUUUUUACUACUUUUUGGUAUAGUGGGGAUUUACAUGUAUGCCAUUUUGUGAUGCUAUGUGCAAUAUUUGUAAGUUCAACCAAAACAUACGUAUUUUGAGUCCAAAUAUUUGUCAGAGACAGGUAGAAGCCUUGAAGUUUAAAUAUUAGCGUGACAUAAAUUUUGUUGUGGUGCCUCAAAUGCAUGGCUGGAGAAACACUUUCAUUAAAAAAAAAAAAAAGGCAGAUCA